GCAAUUUUGGAGCAAGCAGUAAACAACUCAAAGAUUAUAAUAAUAAAAACAAAUUAUUUAUUUAAUUAAAUUGAAAUAUAUUUAAAAUCCCAGAUUUAUGAGUGUAUGAGGCACGACUGGCUCGAGCCUUGUUACCAAUGAGCGGAUUUAAACCCAUAGAAUCGCUACAAGUGGUUGAUAGUUUGGGGAUAUCCAAGACUGUGUUUUCACAUGUAUCAAAUUUACAUCAUCUCUUGGUUGAUUGGGAAAGAUAUAGAAAGAAUGGAACAAAAAUCUGUGAGGCAAUAGCUGCUCUUAAGCUACAUGAAUGCACAGAUGACUAUUUUCCUCGACAAACUGAUCCACUUAUUAAAAGUUUGUUAGAAUCUUGUUUAGCACUACAAAAUAUUGUAGAUGGUAUAAACAUCAUAAAGCGACAAGUGGAUAGUCUUGCAAUUCUUCAGAAGUCGGAACAAGCUGUAAUCUGCACAUGGUCCAUGUCUAUGAUCGCUGAAACUGUAUCUAAAGUGUAUGACAUUUUGGAAAACGAAAUAUGCUUGAAGAAUACUAUAGCAGAGAAUAUUGCACAUUGCAGAGAUGAAAACGUUAUGGAGGUUUAUGUGAAAGCUUGGGAGAUAGAGAAUUAUAAUGUGGAGAUUAGUGCUUAUCUAUUUGCUGAUGUUGGUCUUCCAGGCCUAACAUCAGAGAGGUAACAGCAGCAUAAUUUUCUCUUUACAAGAAAGACUUUUAAAAUAGUAAUAUAAAAUCUAGUAAUAUAUUUUAACAAUCCAACAGUGCUGUAGAUUAAGAUUAAGCUAUAAGCUUAGAUUAAGCAUAAAUCCUUAGAUUGGUCUCCCCUGUGCUACAAGUAGACACCACACUACCUAAGAACAAUAGCUUGUAUAUUACGGCAACUAUUAGAUGCUUGUGUGUGUGGCAUCUUGGCACUUAAUGGCAUCUUUCAAAUUUUGUAACACAUGCUUUGUGUUAUUUUACAUUGAAAUUAAUAAAAUACAAAAAAAAUUACUGAUGAUAUGUGAUCCCAGUGUCUCUUAUUUCUUGUAGUAUUAUUUUUACAAUGUUUUACUAUGCAACCCGGUAUUUUAGUUUCAAUGUAAUAAUUUUUCAGUUUAACAGAACAUGUGGCACGUCAAUGUCACACAAUGUUCGACACUGGGUUGAGUACACCCAUUUGGGUGUAGUAAAAGUUGCCACACUUUCCGACUACUCCUGUGGUAUCUAAUUGGAGUGCAGCGGAAGCCAAUAGUUAAUCUAAGGCUUAUAGUUUACCAAUGUGAUUCAUAAUAAUAUUGUGUCAACCGAAAUUAUGAUAAGUAUAGAGUUUAAACUGUAAUUUAUAUUUUGAAGAAUAAAAAUAAAUGAGAUUUAUGACUGUUAGAA